AUGGCCGCCGUGGCGGAUGCGUUCGCGUCCAAGCUAAUGGGGAUCCUUCAGGGUAUGGCAAAGGAAGAAGUGGAGAUGCUCUUGGGCGUUCCCGGCGAGAUCGCAAAGCUGGAGACAACCCUCGGUUAUAUCUCUCCCAUCCUGGCCGACGCCGAGCGGAGGCGCAUCCGCGAUUCGGCUGCGGAGAGGUGGAUGAGGGAGUUCAAGGAUGCCAUGUACGACGCCGAUGACAUCCUUGACCUCUGCCAGAUCCUGGAGGGUGGAGAAGAACCCAUGUUGGCUAGGCGUAGGUACAUCCCAGUGUUCUCCUGCUUCAGCAACCAAGUCAUUCCACACCAGAUCGGGAUGAGAAUCAAGGCGCUCAACCAGAGGCUAGAAGAUCUUGCGAAGAUGAUCCCUAGAUUUGGAUUCAUUAUUAGCCAAGCAACCAGCUCCACCUCCACGACCACGAGGGAUUCCACCUACUCUGGGUCCGACUUCCGCCGGGAAACUAUACUGGUAUCGGAUAUUAUUGGAGAGAAGAUUGAUGAAGACAGAAGGAAACUUUGUGAUCUGUUGGUCAACGAGAUGGAUGCUCCAACAAGAUCAGUAAUCGACAAUGUUGUCGUUGUUGCUAUAACUGGUGCCGCUGGGAUAGGAAAAACCACCCUUGCUCAGAUGGUUUUCAACGACCGAAUAGUACAAGAACACUUUGAAGUGAAGAUCUGGUUGAGCGUAACUCGGGAGUUCCGCAAGAUUCGCCUUCUACGACAAUGUAUAGCUUAUGUCGACGGAAUCGCAGAUGACGUCGAGGACACCAUUGGCGAGCUCGAGCAACGUUUGCAUCUGGCAAUGAGAGAAAAGAAAUUUUUAGUGGUGAUGGAUGAUGUGUGGAGCGGCGAGGCAUGGCAUAUACUUGGACUACCACUUGCUCCUGGAAGCAGAGUGUUGGUAACCACAAGGAACGAUACAGUUGCUCGUGAGAUGGGAGCACAACACCUUCACCGAGUUACCACGCUGGAUCCGGAUGACAGUUGGUUAUUACUGAAGAAGCAGGUCAGCGACUAG